AUGGAUACUUCACCUGAGAGUCGUUCGCAAAAGAUUGUGGAGCUGACCGAUCUGGUGUAUGAUUCCCUGGACUUAGAGUAUAUCAAAACUACAGGCUCACUUUUUGCAUCGAAGUCUUUGAGACACUCGACCACACGAAAGCAACUGGGCUUUAUGAAGCAGUUUCAGUACGAAGGCCGGCUCCUCACUGAGAAAGUCACGACUUGUGUGGUCAAGCGACUCAUCGACCAGAAAUCCCUGGAGCUUCCCGCCUAUCCAGGCUUCUCCAAACGUGCAUGGGUUAAGGAAAGUGCUCAGCUGCUACUGACUUUACUGCAGAAGGCUAGAAGGUCGUACAGCAGCAUGGCCGAAUCCAUGGAUGGCAUGGAUACACAGCCAUGGCAGCUGGACCCAGAGGAGGACUCCCAGGUCAUCAAGCGGGGGGCAUCGAGUACCUCGACUGUGGCUUGCAUGCAUGGGUAUAUAUAG